CGGUGCUCGGUGAACGGAGCCAGUCUCUCUCUCUCUCUCUUUCUCUCUCUCUAUCUCUUUCUCUCUCCGGUCUGAAACGGAGGAAAAAGAACCGGAGAGGAACCGGAGAGACAGACUGACACCGCAACCCGUCUGUCUGUCUGUGUGUGUGUGUCUGUCUGUGUGUGUGUGUGUAUGUGUGUGUGUGAGAGAGAGCGGCAGACAGGAACAGAAGAAGAAAAGAAGCGGAGGAAGAAGAGUUGUCGGUAGUUUUCCCUCCUCGCGCUCCGGAGGGUCUCGGGGAACAUGGAGCGGACCGGAACUUUCCUGCUCUCCGCGGCUCUCGCGCUGCUUUCUCUGGGACUAACGGGCGCGCGGGCGGACACCUUCAAAGCCUGUCUGUCUGGUCAGUCACCAGACUGCACUCUGGUCCAGUCCAAAGAGGAUGACUUCGAUUGGGAACAAGGAGACACCCGGGACCGACCGUCCAGCAACCCCUGGAUCCCUGCAGGUUCCUCCUUCCUGUUUGUGAACACGUCGGGUCGUUACAGCGGUCAGCGUGCUCAGUUGCUGCUGCCGCCGCUCAAAGAGAACGACACGCACUGCGUCAACUUCCUGUUCUACCAGGCGGGAGGACGUGAGGGUGCCACGCCCGCCACACUCAACGUUUAUGUCAAAGAGAACAACAGUCCGCUAGGAGUUCCAGUCUUUAACUCAUCAGGCCCCGCCUACCACAUCUGGAAAGAGGUGGAGCUAGCUGUGUCCACCUUCUGGCCUAAUUACUACCAGGUUGUGUUUGAGGCGGUCAGCACCGGUCAGAGAGGGGUACUGGCCAUCAAGGACAUCACGCUGCAGGGACACCAGUGCAUGAGCACGCCUCACUUCCUGCACAUUAAAGGCGUUGAGGUGAACGCAGGACAGACGGCGACGUUUCACUGCACCGUCAACGGACGACCGCAGAGCAACCUGUUGCUCUACCUGCAGGGGAUGGGCGGUCGUCAGGCAGUCGUCAGGGAAACCAAGCCAGUAAACUCUCGCCGUUACGUGGCGAGCUUCGACGUGGAGAACACGACCAAAGGCGACUCUGGACGUUAUCGCUGCAUCGCCCAAUCAGAGCGAGGCGUGGGCGUGUCCUCCUACGCUGACCUCACAGUCAAACAGCCUCCCGUACCAAUCGCUCCUCCUCAGCUGACGGCGGUGGGCGCCACCUACCUGUGGAUCCAACUCAACGCCAACUCCAUCAACGGAGACGGACCAAUCAUUGAGAGAGAGGUGGAGUACCGAACGAUGUCGGGCAUGUUGAUUGACACCACGCCCGUCGACAAGCCCACUCACAAGAUCGGACAUCUGGACCCUGACACCGAGUACGAGAUCAGUGUGCUGCUCACCAGGCCCCUGGAUGGAGGCACGGGAAACCCCGGGCCGCCUCUCAGAGCCAGAACCAAGUGUGCAGAUCCGAUGCACGGCCCGCGGCGUCUGGAGGUCGUCGACAUUCAGUCCAAACAGGUGACGGUACGAUGGGAACCGUUCGGAUACAACGUGACCCGCUGCUACAGCUACAACCUGACUGUGCAGUACCGCUACAGAUCUGCAGGGGCCGCCAGCAGGGAGCCGGUGAAGGAGGAGGUGCGGGAGGAGGUGGUGUAUGACACUCUGAGUGUUGUGCCGCAGCACAUCGUACGUAACCUUCCACCGUUCACCAAUGUCAGCCUGAGGCUCCUCCUGAGUAACCCUGAGGGACGCAAGGACAGCGAGGAGCUGCUGGUGCUGACGGACGAAGACGUUCCUGGAGCCGUUCCAGUAGAUUCCAUCCUGGGCAGCAGCUACGAGCAGCAGAUCAGUCUGAGCUGGAAAGAACCGCUGCAGACCUACGGCCUCAUCCGUCAGUACGAGAUCUCCUACAAAGCCCUAAGCUCCUUCGACACAGAGUUUGACCUGUCCAAUCAGAGCGGCAAGGUGUUCAAACCGGCCAAUGAGACAAACCACGUGUUCACCGGCCUCUACCCAGGCUCCACCUACUCCUUCACAAUAAGAGCCUCAACUGUUAAAGGCUUCGGCCCUCCGGUCAUCACCCAGUUCACCACCAAGAUCUCAGCUCCUCUGAUGCCGGCGUACGACCAGGAGUCUCCUCUCAACCAGACCGACUCCACCGUCACCGUUCUGCUGAAACCGGCUCAGAGCCGAGGAGCUCCAGUCAGUAAGUACCAGGUGGUGGUGGAGGAGGAGCGCCCCCGCAGGCAGAGGAGAGGUACUGCAGAGAUCCUGCGCUGUUAUCCGGUGCCCAUCCACUUCCAGAAUGCCACGCUGCUGGACUCACAGUAUUACUUCAGCGCAGAGCUGCCCAUGAGUGAGCUGAGAGCGCCGAUGCCCUUCUGUGUCGGUGAUAACAGGACGUACAGCGGCUUCUGGAACGCCCCUCUGCUGCCUCACAAGAGCUAUGGGAUCUACUACCAGGCAGUCAGCACUGCUAACGGGGAGACAAAGAUCGACUGUGUGCGUGUGGCGACUAAAGCUGCUAUAAUCGUCACCCAGCUCACCACGCCGUACAUUCGCAUCGUGCCGGCAGCUGGCGACAAACAGCUAACAGGAGCUGCAACCAGGAAACCAGAACCAGAAGAGGAGAAACAGUCAGAUCACACGGUGAAGAUCGCCGGAUCCAUCGCCGGCAUCCUGCUCUUCAUCAUCAUCUUCCUUGGAGUCAUCCUGCUGAUGAAGAAACGACGAAGAAAUUAUCACUCCUACACUUACUACCUGAAGUUGGCAAAGAAGAGGAAGGAAACGCUGAGCUCCAGACAGGAAAUGACUCUGAUGGUCAACAACUCCCAACACACAACAAUGGUGGACACGCACACGCACACGCACACGCUGAAUGGACGCACUGUGUCGUCUCCGUCCUCUUUCACACUGAAGACAAACACCAUCAGCACCACCGUCCCCAACUCCUACUAUCCAGAUCCCUUCGUGCCGACGGCCAUUCUGGUGCCCAUUAAUGAUGACAGCCACACUAUGACCAGUGAAACCAGUAGCCUGGUCCAGUCCCACUAUAAGCAGCGGGAGUCAGAGCGGGAGGCAUUGCCCUACCAGACGGGUCAGCUGCACCCGGCCAUUCGAGUGGCCGACCUCCUGCAGCACAUCACCCAGAUGAAGUGUGCCGAGGGGUACGGCUUCAAAGAGGAGUACGAGAGUUUUUUCGAGGGACAGUCGGCUCCGUGGGAUUCAGCCAAAAAGGACGAGAACCGCAUGAAGAAUCGCUACGGAAACAUCAUCGCCUACGACCAUUCUCGGGUGCGUCUGCAGCCUCAGGACGGAGAGAGUGGCUCCGACUACAUCAACGCCAACUAUGUCGACGGCUACCACAGACCCAACCACUACAUCGCCACCCAAGGUCCCAUGCAGGAGACUGUGUACGAUUUCUGGCGGAUGAUUUGGCAGGAGAACACCGCUGCCAUCGUCAUGGUAACCAACCUGGUGGAGGUGGGACGGGUGAAGUGCUGUAAGUAUUGGCCUGAUGACACGGAGAUCUACGGAGACAUGAAGGUGACGCUGAUUGAGACUCAGCUGCUGUCGGAGUACGUGAUCAGGACCUUCGCUGUGGAGAAGAGGGGCGUGGCAGAGAUCAGAGAGAUCCGUCAGUUUCAUUUCACUGGUUGGCCUGAUCAUGGCGUGCCGCUACACGCCACCGGCCUGCUGGGUUUCAUCCGCCGUGUCAAAGCAAAGACCCCGCCCACUGCCGGCCCCACCGUGGUCCACUGCAGUGCGGGGGCGGGGCGUACAGGCUGCUUCAUUGUGAUCGACAUCAUGCUGGACAUGGCAGAGAGAGAGGGCGUGGUCGACAUCUACAACUGCGUCCGAGAGCUGAGAGCACGAAGGGUUAACAUGGUCCAAACUGAGGAGCAGUAUGUGUUCAUCCAUGACGCCAUCUUGGAGGCGUGUCUCUGCGGUGACACGGCGGUUCCGGCCAAUCAGCUGCGCUCUGUUUACUACGAGAUGAACCGAUUGGAUCCUCAGACCAACUCCAGUCAGAUCAAAGAGGAGUUCAGGACUCUGAACAUGGUGACGCCCACGCUGCGGGUGGAGGACUGCAGCAUCGCUCUGUUGCCGAGGAACCACGAGAAGAACCGUUGUAUGGACGUUCUUCCUCCGGACCGCUGCCUGCCGUUCCUCAUCACCAUUGACGGAGAGAGCUCCAACUACAUCAACGCUGCGCUCAUGGACAGCUACAAGCAGCCGUCAGCAUUCAUCGUUACCCAGCAUCCUUUGCCCAACACAGUGAAGGACUUCUGGCGCCUGGUCCUCGACUACCACUGCACGUCCAUCGUCAUGCUGAACGAUGUGGACCCGGCUCAGCUGUGUCCUCAGUACUGGCCGGAGAACGGCCUCCAUCGUCUGGGCUCCCUGCAGGUGGAGUUUGUCUCUGCAGAUCUGGAGGAGGACGUCAUCAGUCGCAUCUUCCGGAUCUACAACACAGCCAGGCCGCAGGACGGGUACCGCAUGGUGCAGCAGUUCCAGUUCCUGGGCUGGCCGAUGUACCGGGACACGCCCGUCUCCAAGCGCUCCUUCCUUAAACUGGUUCACCAGGUGGACAAAUGGCAGGAGGAGUACGACGGAGGGGAGGGCCGCACGGUGGUCCACUGCCUUAACGGAGGAGGUCGCAGUGGGGUGUUCUGCAGUAUCAGUAUUGUGUGUGAGAUGUUGAGACAGCAGCGCUGCGUUGACGUUUUUCACGCUGUUAAAACUCUGAGGAACAACAAACCCAACAUGGUGGAUCUGCUGGAGCAGUAUAAGUUCUGUUAUGAAGUGGCUCUGGAGUAUCUCAACUCUGCUUAACAACAGAGGCUCCUUCGCCCUCUUCUUCCUCCCUCAGUCAUAAUACUGCACAGUGUGACAGGAGGAGGAGGAGGAGGAGGAGGUCGACUAUUGACUGAGGCUUAGGAGGAAGAGGAGGAGUGGUGGAGGUGAAGUGAGGAAGAAGAGGAGGAUGUUUUGCACUGCCUUGUUGGACACACUGAACUGUCACAAUGAACACAAACACAGGUUUCUGUUUCUGCGUCAGAGUGGAGCAUCCCAUCCAGCUCCCAGGAGCCACCUGAACUUCCUGUUCAACAACCAAUCAGAACACACAGAGGAUCCACUGGGCUGUGCUCCUGUUGAGGGCAUGAUGGGAUAUGAAGUCUGGACCACGUCCAAAAGUCAAAUACGUCAAAUUAAACAGUCAAUUCUCAGGUUGCGUUCAGAUUUUCACUCCUCACAUCUGAUUGGUCGAAGCACAGCAUGACGUCAUAGCUCAGCACCAUCGUCAGGUUUAAAUGAGUGCUAAUUAAUCUAGUUGAUCAAUAUCACUGACUGUCCAAUCAGAGCGCAGCAAUGGCUGCUACUGUUAGCAUGUCUCACCCACAGUAAAUUAAUCCAGCCCGAACGGCCACUAGAGGCUCCAGCAGUGAGUCUACAUAAGGCUCCAUACGUUCACCGCCUGUCUACAGAUCAUUUCAUCCUGUCUGAAAAUGGCCCCGCCCUUAAAGCCCACUGUCCGUUAGCUUGGACCAUAUGAAUCUGAAUAUUUACUGUUUAUUGACCACAACUGAGACUAAAUGAGUUUCACUGAUGUAUUUUAACUUUAUUCAGUGAAACUGGAUCAGCCCUGCGUCAACUCUAUUACGUAACAUCGCAGAAUGAACAAUCAACAGGUUAGCAACAGUAACCACAGGGGGCGGGGCUUAGUAAGUAAGUUAGUAAGUGUCAUCAGCGUAGAGUGUGACCGAAAGGCAGCAGAGAACAAGAAGAAUUUAUUAAUAUUAUUAAUAAUAAUGUUGUUAUGAGUAACAUUAUUAUUAAUAUUAAUAUCUUAGCUGCACGGCUGACCAAGCUAACGACAGUUAGCAGUUGGCUACUGAUCAAUCUUUCCAUCAGGAAACUCUGUAAAUGACCUCGGUACUGUAACGUUAUUCCCUGUCGGUCUCGAAGGCUGUGUUCGAUUCUGUUAUGCCAAAAUCACUGAAUAAAAUUAUAAAGUUGAGCUAACUAACUAUUGAUGUAAAUAAGCUAACUACUUUGCUAGCGUUUUGCUAUUAACCAAUGAUAAAUGUUAGCUAAUCUGCUUCAGUUGUUAGUUAGCUUGUUAGCAAAUCCACGUCAAUUGUCAGUUAGCUAAUUUACAUCAAUUGUUAGCUAGCUAGUUACAUCUGAAAGCGAAUGUUAGCAAAAUGCUAGCUAACUAGCUAGCUAAUGUAGUCCCAAAUGUGUGACCCUGGUCCCCCUUCAGGUUGUGGUUUCUGUGUUCCUGCUGGUUUGUUCGGGUGAUGCUGCCUGCUGGUUGAGUUUUGGGCCGAGGUUGAGGCGAGCUGUUAAUAAUGUAAAUAAAGGAGGAGGAAGCAGGGAGAAGAAUAUUUAUUCCUUCAGUUGUUCUCAGUGUUGAUGUUGUUGUUGUUGUUGUUGUUGUUGUUGUUGUUGUUGUGAAGCACACAGAGAGAGACAAUCAUGUUCCACCAUCAGAACCACAUUAGACCAGGAACCAACCUAACCCUGCUGAUAUAUGGCUCUGGGUCGGUGUAACCCCGAUUACAUAUGGCUCUGGGUGUGUGUGUGUAACCCUGCUGAUAUAUGGCUUUGGGUCGGCGUAACCCUGGUUACAUAUGUCUCUGGGUCUGCGUAACCCUGGUUACAUAUGGCUCUGGGUCUGCGUAACCCUGGUUACAUAUGUCUCUGGGUCUGCGUAACCCUGGUUACAUAUGUCUCUGGGUCUGCGUAACCCUGGUUACAUAUGGCUCUGGGUCUGCGUAACCCUGGUUACAUAUGGCUCUGGGUCUGCGUAACCCUGGUUACAUAUGGCUCUGGGUUGGUGUUACCCGGGUUAUGUCUGUUUAUGGUUUUGAUUGAACCCUGUUGAUAUAUGGCUCUGGUGUUGAUGAGAACAUUAUUGUAACAAAAACUUUUAUUUAUGUUGUAUGAUUCCAAAAUAUUACAAAUAAAAAUCUGUAUACACUCUUCAA